CGCAUUCAGGAGAGAAUGGGUUGACAGGGAGAAAAUUACGAAUUUGAUUGGAGCAGGAAUGUACAAGAGAAGGGUUGAAGAAGUGGUGGCAGGGUGCACGAGGUGGAAAAUAUGCAAGGUGAGAUUAUGGAAGGACAUGGGGGCCUUCCCAAGGGACGAUAUGGAGGACGACUUAAGGUUUGAUGAAACCAAUCUGGAGGACUUUAUCGAGAGCUUGCAGCUGACCGCUGAGAGAGGCGAGUGGAACAAGGAGGAAAAGAAGAAACAAUUGAUCGCAAAAUCAGAAGAGAGUGAAAAGGAGGAAGUAAAAGAAAUUGUGGAAGGAAGUCGGACCUGUAAAAGAAUAACAGCAGAAUUAUGGAUGACCUACACCCAGGCCAGACAGGAUAAGACAAAAAAGGAAAGGCUGCAGAAGAGGGAGUUAUGGAUUGGAAGAGAAAUGGUUGAGCCACAAGGCGAAGGAGCAGAGGAUGAAGAGGAAGUUGAUGUGUCGCUGAAAAGAUCGAAGGACAAAGUGAGGGUCGUCCCCAAGAGCAGCAGCAACGGGUCUGACCAGGCAGAGGGAGAUGAACAGAAAGCGGAGGAGGCAACAGAAGGGAGGAAGAAAAACAUGGGGGCAAGUGUAGUACCAAGGAAGAAAAAAACUGAGGAGAAAAGACCAAUUGAGAUUGGAAGGAAAAAAACACAAGAAAGGAAGCGUGAAAAAGAGGGAGGUGUAAAGAAGGCUGGAGAAGGAAAGAGGAUCCAGGAAGGAGGCACGGCUCCAAAGGUCAAAAGAACUGAGGAAGAGAGGUCAAUUGGAGACAGAGAAAGGGAAGAGAUGAGCGAGAUAAGAAAGAAGGAAGAUGAGAGGGAUGCCCAGACGGAAAAAUUGAUGAGAGACAUGGAAGAAAUGAGGAAGGAAGUGAAGGAAUUGAAGAAAGAGAAGGAGGAAUUGCAGAAAGAAGUGAGCCAAUUGAGGGUCGCCCUGACUAUGAACGACAAAAAAUUGGAGAAUGAAGCGGCCACAAUAGCAAGGAUGAAAAUAAAGAUGGAUGGUCUGGGCUCUGAGUACGGAUCAAGUAUCCCCACUUCAAGCCAUUAAAUUUAUUCUAUGUGGGAGACCCGGGUUAAAAUCCUGGCAGUAAUAAUGAAAAGUAAGGUGACAG